GGGGAAAAAAACACCAUUAUAUUGUUCCACGAACCUCUGCCAGUUUGUGUGUAUUUCAAAGUAUGCUAAGAAGUGAAGGAUAUUUCUGUGAAACUUCUCCAGAUUCAGAUAUGAAGUGACUCAUCACAGACUUACAUGCAGGGCUUGCAGGCUGUCACCUCCUUAUAGAAGCACUGUAAGAUCGAAAUUCAUGAACAUUGAAAUCAAUUAAUAUGGCUGUUAAUGUUUCUGGUGUGAUUUCUACCAGAUUAACCUGGUUUAAUCUUCUUGUAAUGUUCUUAUCAUGUUGUGUGUUUGGUAGUAAUGUCUUGAUAUCAUCAAUGCAUGGGGAAGGGAGUCAUUUCUUCCUUGGUGCCGCCAUUGGUGAAGGCCUGGUCCAGCGAGGACACAACGCCACACUUCUCAUCAGCAGAGCAUACGAACACCGUACCAGGGAGCCCAAGUACUCCAAUCUAUCGUUCGAAGUGUUUGACCAUCACAAGAGGUCCCUUCAAGAGGUCCGAGAUUUCUGGAAGAACUUCGGUGUUCUUUCGCUUGGGAAAGGUGAUGAUGGUCUCAUUAAGACUGUGUACUACUUGAUCGAAUCGAUGGCAGAUGACUGCGAGGAUCUCGUUCUCGAUAUCGAGCUCAUGAAGCGCCUGGAGGACGUCGACGCUAUCGUUGUCGAUAUGACUUGGAUAUGUGGUAUAAUGAUCAGAGCCGCGCUGGAACGCAACCUGAACUACUCGAAGAAGAUAGCCCUGGUGACUCUGACACCUUUCACACCUCAGCCUAUUGCGUUGUUUUCGUACGGUUCCUCGUACAAUCCAGCAUACCAACCAGAACUCAACACGGGUUUUACCGACAGGAUGAGUUUCUUAGAGAGGACAGCCAAUCUCCUGCAGUCUGUUGUCUACGCGGUGCUUGGUGCUGCUCUGACCAUACCGGUCUACAUGCGCGUAGGGGAGAACACAGGACUUGAAGAUGUCAUGAGCAUAAAGAUGUCUCUCAUGAACGAUCUUGCCGACUUACACCUUCAAAACUUUGAUUUCGCCAUCGAGUUCCCGUUCCCGAUAUCACCAAAUGUGAUUCCAGUCGGAGGUGGGCUGACAGCAUGGCCACCUACACAACUUGACCAGGAACUAGAAGAUUUCAUGGAGGGUUCAGGCGACCAUGGUGUCAUUCUCUUCACCCUCGGAACGUACUUCGGCGAGAUAACGAUCAUUCAACCGGGAUUUGCCGAGCAGUUUGCCGAAGCUUUCCGCAGAGUGCCACAGAAGGUGAUCUGGCAGGUGGAGGAUCCACUCGGCGAAAUCGACGUUCCUCCAAACGUGAAGGUCAUGCCCUGGGUACCUCAGAAUGAUCUACUGGGUCAUCCAAAGACCCGAGUAUUUCUUUAUCAGGGAGGCAACAACGGGUUCCAGGAAGCCUGCUAUCACGGUGUACCCAUAGUCGUCGUCCCGCUCCACGCGGACCAGUUCGACGUCGCCGCCAGGGUCGUAGCUCGAGGGAUGGGCAGGAAGAUCGACAAGAUGGCUGCCAGUGCUGAUGUUAUCUAUGAUACCUUACAGGACGUCAUCAGUGAUCCAAAGUACGCUGCAGUGGCUAAAGAGGUUGCUACCAUCAUCAGAGAAAGGCCCAUGCAGGCACGAGAACGCGCAGCAUUCUGGAUUGAACACGUGAUCAAAUAUGGCGGACAGUACCUCAAAACAUCUGCAAGGGAUCUUUCCCUCAUUGAGUUUUUCAUGAUCGACGUCCUCGCAUUUCUUCUACUGCUUGCCACAGCGUUUCUUCUUAUAGUUAUAUUUGGGGUUCGUUUAUGUUGUCGAAUGGUUUGUGGAAAGAGGAAAGCAAAAUUAGACUGAGAUCAUAUAGGGUGCCUCUAGAUGGAGGGGGUGUUGCGGGGUAUGCAUGCCCCCCCCCCCCAUAAUGGGCGUACGAGGUGGGAUGAGGGCCUGCUGAUCUUAAGCUCCUCAAGAUUGGGUAAUUAAAAACACCCUUGCAAUCAUAUUUCGGCACCAGUUGCCUCAUAUCAAUGGCACCUAUAGGUAGUCUAUUAGAAUAUGUUAAAAUCUCCUUUAUAAUUAGUACAUUGUUAUACAAAAAAAUGAAUCUACAAUACAAUAAGUGUCAAUUUCGCUCACUUCCAUACUCAAAACUUUCAUAAAAAGGGGAGAGGGGGAUCUAAUAUUCGACAUUGUGAAAUCCCUCCCCAUAUAUAUUUUCUGUUUGUAAAUCUUUAAGAGAAAAAAAAUGUAUUUAGCAUUAUAUCGAUAAAUCCUCUAAUAAUUUGAUUAUUAAUUUAUUUAUCCUUGCAUGUGGAAGAUAAAAUGAUCCGAUGUGUUUCAAAUUUUAGAUUCUGA